GGCGCAGUGCACACGAAAAAGAGAAAUGGUAAAAUAAUGCUCAACGGUUUGGACAAUUUUAAGAAACGGUGAAAAGGCUCAUUCAGUUCACUCGCGUUCCUCUCGGAGGUGUGUAUUCCCUUUUGGGUAACCAUCCGCGUGGUGCGUGCUGUCCGGCUGUGCUGCUGUGCGUGAGGCCAUACAAUUACCUGCGCAGCGUCGCACUUUGGUGUAGACAGGGAGGACUGCUCAGUCUUAGCCUAGCCGAAUUGGCUGCUACUUUGCACAGCGGCAGAGACGUGGGGAAGGCGCAUGCCCAAUCAUUUAUGACAGCAUACGUUUUGCUUUCCCCUUGGGGGUGCUUUCAUUUCCGCAUGGAUAGGGACGAUGGAAGAGCAGGGCGACUGCAUCCUCACCUUCAGCUCGUACGAAGAAUACGUGAAGAGCAAAAUCACCCCCGCGGAUUUGUUCUACAUCGAGGAUGAAGAACUUGUGUUCGACAUAUUCUCACUGGGACUUCAAAGCAGAGGAGUAUUAAGCUGUGAAGACUUCAACAGCACUUACCAAAAAAAAAAAAAGGAGAGUUUGAAGAAGGCGGAGGAAAGAAAAGCAGACGUGGAACAAUACGACAUAAACUCUCUAACUGACCACACGAUGAACUUUUUUUACGCAAUAAAUUGCCACCUGCAUUUCUGUGAAGAAAAUAAAAUUUGUUCCAUCCUGUUCAUCCGUUAUGUUAAUAAGAACCAAUCGGAGAUCAGCUCCUACAUAGACGUGAACAGUGAAAAAGUCAGGAAAAAAAUAAAUCAGAAAAAGUAUAUCUAUGCAAGCAAAAAUGACUUAGCAUAUUUUAAUUGGCACAAUAAUUACAGCUGCACGAAUAAUAGCGAAAAUUUCGAGAUGGUCGUGAAUAAACAAGUGGGUCUCCUUUUUAAGUACACACGUGGUGGGAAGUACUUCAUUUUGAACCCUGUGCGGAGAGAGACGAAGAUUCGGCUGAGCGAUAAUAUAAGCGAGGGUCGUGCCUCGGUCGGGUUGUCACCCGGGGAGGGAGAAAAAAUGAUAAGUUUGUGCGACGGGGUGGAGCGCGUGGAGCUCCGCGAUGAGAACUACUUGCAGUGCAUCCUGUACGCUUUGCGUGUGUAG